ACGCACGCUUUUUCCACCACCCCUGACAGAAUACCCAACCGAAGAAGCAGUAGGUGAAAACCCAUUUCGCUGACUGAAGACUACAUUUGAAUUCGUUUAGAUCGCAAUAAUCAAUCGAUUUAGGGAAGCAGCAGAUCUCGUUCUAAUCUGAUUCGAUCGGAGCUCCGGUGAGAUUCUGCAGCCAUGCCGGUGGCAGCUUCCGCUAUUUACUUCCUCAAUCUUCGUGGCGAUGUCCUCAUUAAUCGCCUCUACCGCGACGACGUCGGAGGCAACAUGGUGGAUGCUUUCCGAGUGCAUAUAAUGCAAACAAAGGAACUUGGCACUUGUCCUGUACGGCAGAUUGGUGGAUGCUCCUUCUUUUACAUGAGGAUUAGCAAUGUUUACAUCGUGAUUGUUGUAAGCAGCAAUGCCAAUGUUGCUUGUGCAUUCAAGUUUGUUGUUGAGGCGGUCACACUAUUUAAAUCUUAUUUUGGAGGAGCUUUUGACGAGGAUGCUAUCCGCAAUAACUUUGUUUUGAUAUAUGAACUGUUGGAUGAAAUAAUGGACUUUGGUUACCCUCAAAAUCUUUCGCCAGAAAUCUUGAAGCUUUACAUAACUCAGGAAGGUGUACGGUCUCCAUUUUCAUCCAAGGCCUCUGACAAACCAGUUCCAAAUGCAACACUGCAAGUUACUGGUGCUGUUGGCUGGCGCAGGGAAGGUCUUGUCUAUAAGAAAAAUGAGGUGUUCCUUGAUAUUGUGGAAAGUGUUAAUCUUCUUAUGUCUUCAAAAGGUAGCGUUCUGCGGUGCGAUGUAACUGGGAAGAUUCUCAUGAAAUGUUUCCUUUCUGGAAUGCCUGAUUUGAAGUUGGGAUUAAAUGAUAAAAUUGGACUUGAGAAAGAAUCACAGCUUAAAUCCCGUCCUGCUAAGAGUGGGAAAACUAUUGAGCUUGAUGAUGUCACUUUCCAUCAAUGUGUAAACCUUACAAGAUUCAAUUCGGAGAAGACCGUUAGUUUUGUUCCUCCGGAUGGUGAAUUUGAAUUGAUGAAGUAUCGUAUUACGGAGGGGGUUAAUCUUCCAUUUCGGGUUUUGCCAACUAUCAAGGAAUUGGGUCGAACACGUAUGGAGGUGAACGUAAAGGUGAAGAGUGUUUUUGGGGCAAAAAUGUUUGCACUUGGAGUGGUUAUUAAGAUUCCAGUACCAAAGCAAACAGCAAAAACAAGUUUUCAGGUGACAUCAGGCCGAGCAAAAUACAGUCCUUCUACUGACUGUUUGAUUUGGAAGAUAAGAAAAUUUCCAGGACAAACUGAGCCAACCUUGAGUGCAGAAGUAGAGCUGAUAUCAACAAUGACAGAAAAGAAGUCCUGGACCCGCCCUCCAAUUCAGAUGGAAUUUCAGGUUCCUAUGUUCACAGCUUCUGGAUUGCGUGUUCGUUUCCUCAAGGUGUGGGAAAAGAGCGGAUACAACACCGUUGAAUGGGUUCGUUACAUUACAAAAGCUGGUUCGUAUGAAAUUAGGUGCUAAAAUAAAGAGAGGAGUUGUGAGAUGUUAUUGCUCAUGGCCUAUUUAGGGAGAACACCACUGUCUGUAUCAUCUUCCAACCGCACGAUCAUGCGUGGACCCCACUUUUGAUGCAGUUUCUCCUUCUGCGCAUUAUGUAUUCUUCAGGGUAAUUUGCUGAAACAAGAAAGUUACAAAGAGAUAAUUUGAGAUCAAUGUUUUAUGGCAGGCUGUGGAUUGACAAUUUGAAUAUAUAUAUUUUUUCCUUUACCAGAUUUGUUUUUGUAUAGUGUAUCCUUAAUUAGGACCGCAGAGCGGGCACGACCAAUUUUUUUUUAUUAUAUUUUCAUUUUCUUCCCGAUCCAUCUGAUUUACGAUUGUUACGAAACCACUAUGUUUUCUGGGACAUAUUUAUCUUUUAGAUUAUUCGAGUGUGAUCUGUAUGUGUUAUCGACUAUCGUCUUUGGUUCAAUUGUUUGUGGCAAAAAUGUGGUUUGCUUAUCUA